UUUGAUUGAUAGCGCGCGCAUCAACAACAACCAGCAGCUGAGGUCUUCUAGAAACAGCCGGAUAUUUUUACUGGUACUUUUGUUGGAUACUAGAUGGAGGGGUACGGAGGCCUGAGCCGCAGCCUGUGCUUUGGUCCUCUGUCCCAGCCUGCAGAGAGGAUCCUGGCCGCCCUGCGGGCCCAGGCUCUGCCCCCAUCCAGAAACAGAAGCAACCACCGCUACAGCCGGCAAGUCGAUGAGGGCUAUGGAAGUCAGAGGGAGCACUUGGUGCAGGCUGGCUGGAACACAACUCAGCAUAGGAUGCAAGGCAGGGAAACUGAACGACCUGGCUCGCAACCCCAGCCAUAUUCUUCCUCAUCCUGGCUGAGAACCCCAUCAUACUCCGCGGCCACCAGUUGGGACUCCUCCCAGCAGACAGAUCACUCUCAGAACCCAGACUCCUUUGGUAGCACCUCAAGUAAGACACGGCCGUGCCUUCCCAGCAAAGACUACAACCAGCUCCUGUCCCAGUCUGAUUCCCGCCGCAGGAACCUACCGUAUGCGAGCCACACCCUCUCGUCUCCCCAAAGAGCUGUGGUCUUGCCGGCUCCAGGAGGAUCUCAAAGUAAUGGUUGGUCUCUGCACAGGCCUGGCCUGCCUGCUCAGCAAGACACUAGCCCCUGGAAGAGCUUAUCUGAAGAACCUGAGACGUUUUUUACCCUCAGCCUUCCUCGAGAAGGUCCAGACCUCGAUGCAUUUUACCCCGAUCUCCGCCUAACCCAACCAACUCCAUCAUCUGUUAAUGUCUGCCAAGUGUCUGAGUACUGUCUACCAGAUGUACAGAACAAGGUUCAGCCGAGAGAAAUUGGUGCACGGGAGUGGAAUGGAUGCCAAGAUGAUCAUUACCUCCAAAAUGUACCUCGAAAGAACCAACAUAAAGUGUGCUUGCCAAGAUUGGACCACGUUAAAGUGGCCUCUACUGGGGGUGGAAAUGGGAAAGCCUGGUAUGAGGGGCGGGGUUCUGCACUUCUCAAACCAUGGAAGCAGCUCUCGCUUCCCCAAGGCAAGACAAGACCAGAGACAGGCUUUGACCGGCGACAGCUGUAUGAGCCACUGAACGUGAAUAGGAACGGUGGGGCGGGUCUGAUGGUAGAUAUUGUGGAAGCUAUGGAUGUAGACAGAGGAGAAGAAGAGCCAGAAAAUCAGUCUCAAGUGCCGAGUGAAGUAAACCACGUUAGAAGCAAGUGCUCAAAUGGUGGAAGGGAGCAAGAGGCAUUCAGAGAAAACCAUGGAUCGUCAAGAAUGGAAGGGAAACAGUUCCCCAUCUCCAUCACAGAUGAAAUGGACACUGCGUCGGACUUUGAUGUGGACGGUAGAGCCCGCCGGCAAACCGAACACCAAGAUGUCGGAGAAGGGUUUCCUCAUGAACCCGGUGCCAGGGACGAAGAGAUAGCAACAGGGGGGUCCAGCCGUAGCAUCACCCCAGAACUGACCCCAGUGUUACUGGAAGAAAGCGUCAACACAAUGGUAACCCAGGGAGCUCAAACUACCCAAAAGACAUCAGAGCUCGAGACCGCUGGAGAUAAGGAGGAGGGCCCACAAAGACCAGAGGAACAGAGGGAGUCCUCCAACAGAGAACUCGGUCCUGGUGGAGCCCCCCUACCCGAUGGACCAGACACCGCCGUCAGGGAUGAGGAAGAUGCGGCGACUGCUGCGGUAGUCCUGGAGACGGACGCGGGGAGGGUGCAGGGCGGCACGACCCAAGCUGAGGAACAGAUGGGGGGGGACCAGGGUGGGAGGACCCACCCUGUCCAGGAGGAGGAGGAGGUGGAGGAGGAGGAGGUGGAGGAGGAGGAAGAGGCCGGUCCAUCUGAAAGGGGAAUGGUCCUUCAGGAGAUGUUGGAGGAGGAAAAUGAGCCCUUGUUGAAAACCUCAAAUGAGGGCAAUGGAAGCCCUGCAUUGGAGGGCUCACCAGUUGAGAGACAACGCCCCCCACUGAGGUUGUCUCAGGAAGGAGGGGCCACAGGGUCUGGCUUCAGGGUACCCCCUCUUCUCCAUGGGAACGCCCCCCUAGAGGCCACCCUCCAUAUCCGUGACACCCUUCAAUCUCAACAGCCUUUAUUGUCUGCCACUGAAUGUGUAGACCCUCCCCCGGUCACACGCCCUACGCCCGGGCAAAACCUCCGCUCAGACACCGGACCAUUCCGUGGAAGUUCAGACAUUUCCCAAUUCGGCCCGGCUCUACCUAAGCCCUCCCGGAUCCCCGCCUUUUCUAUCAAGAGGAAACGGGAAGAGCAGAACGCCGGCCUCACCGAGACACCCAGGACCUCCCAGCCCAGACGCCCCGUCAAGUGGGAGCCCCCCCGCUCCUCCCAGGGGAGGACAGGGGGAGACGGAGGGGACCGGAGGGCCAACAGAGACCGGGAAGCCGACGAGAACGACACGGAGGCCCCGACUCGAUCCGUCCCCUCUAAGGACCUGGGCUUGUGCCCUCCAGCGUCGGCCCAGGUGCGGCAGGCCCGAGCCCGUUCCGUUCACCCGGCCACGGACUGCCUGGCGGGGGGCAGUAGAACGGACGGCCCGAUGUGGACACAGCACACGAUGCGUCCACACCAGCAUAUCGCCGGGGCUGGGGGUUCUCCCUUGACACACUGCGAGAUGAAUACAAGCCACGGCGGGGUUGCGGAUAACGCCAGCGCCUCGAUCGCGAGCGCUGCUGUGUCCACCGCUCCCAAGAAGAAACGGGCCAGACAGGGCCCGGGCAAGAUCACGAGCCGCGGGGCCACUUCAGCUCAGAAGGACGCCGUCAGAGGGGGACGUCCCGCUGAUCAGGCGGCAGGCGUCACCUCCGACCCCAGAGUGAAGGAUGCUGGGAGGAUGAGUUUGGAGGAGAGGGCGUGGCUGCUGAGGAGGGUGGGCGGGGCCAGAGCGACGGCGCUGACGAUGGUGUUCCAGGACGGCAGCACUCAGUUUGACCCGGAACAGAACCCCAGUCCCCCGGUGUGCGGCCUGCUGGUCCUGAUGAGACAGGAGCUGGAUCACAGCGGGCCGGGGGCCCACCUGCACCCCGGGGACACCUGUUUCUACCUCCGACUGGAACACGCUCCCGCAUGGGCCCAGCGACACGCACAGCACAGCCAGGAGAGCUUCACUAGGGAGACGCUGGUGCAGGUGGUGUCAGGCGCUGGGCUGCUGGUGUGUUAUAAAGCUAAGGACCUGCUGCGCACGGCCCUGCAGCACUACAGACCGCAGAUCAGCUGGAAACAAGUCCUCGGCUGUCGUAUCCAGGAUCCCCAGGUGUCAGGCUGGCUUCUGGACCCUGCGGACCCAGCCACCUGCUACCGGGACCUGAUCAAAAAACAUCUGAGACCCUCUCCUCCACAGCCAGCCCCGGGAACCAGCAAGGCUUCUCAGGCCAUCACCGGCCUCAAUCUGCUCUACCGGCUUAACAUGGAGCUGUGCGCCAAACUGCAGAGCCAGGGCUUGUGGCAGUUGUACUCCACUCUUGAGCUCAGCAUGAUCCCAGUUCUGGCAGCCAUGGAGAGCUACAGGAUCCAUGUGGACAGGGAGGCCCUGAAGACCACCUCAGACAUGUUGGGGACUAAGAUGAAGCAGUUGGAGCAGGAGGCCCAUCAGGCAGCAGGACAGAUCUUCCUGGUGACCAGCAGCACCCAGCUAAGAACUGUUCUGUUUGAUAAGCUACGGCUGCACGAGCGCUGUGAGAACAAGAAACUCCCCAAGACCAUCAAUAAACAACAGCAGUCAACAUCAGAGGCUGCUCUGUUGCAGCUUCGGGACCUGCAUCCCCUCCCAAAGAUCAUUCUGGAAUACAGGCAGGUCCAUAAGAUCAAGUCCACCUUUGUGGAUGGGUUUCUGUCCUGCAUGAUGGGCAAGAGCUACAUCUCCUCUACGUGGCUCCAGACCAGCGCAGUGACCGGACGGAUUUCAGCCAAGCAUCCGAACUUCCAAGCCCUCCCAAGACAGCCAGUUCACAUCACCAAGAAACAGUACAUUCAAGGAAAGGAUGCAGAGGUGGUGAAGGUUCAUCCUCGAAACAUGUUUAUUCCCCAGGAGGGGUGGACCUUCCUCGCCGCAGACUUCUGCCAGGUCGAGCUGCGACUGCUUGCCCAUCUCUCCGGUGACCCCGAGCUCCUGAGAGUCUUCAGCCACGCCCACUCUGACGUCUUCACCAUGCUGGCCUCGCGCUGGAAGGGGGUGAGGGAAAGUGAGGUUUCGUCUGAAGAAAGGGAACACGCCAAGCGCAUAGUCUACUCUGUCGUGUACGGGGCAGGCCGGGAGCGUCUCUCUGGGAUCCUGGGUGUGAGCUCGGAGCAGGCCAGCAGGUUCCAGGACAGCUUCCUCCAGACCUACCGAGAGGUCCAGACCUUCAUCCAGACCACCGUCCAGCAGUGCCACCAACAGGGUUACGUGGUGUCCAUUAUGGGGCGUCGGCGUGCUCUCCCUCUCAUCCACUCCGCCGACUGGGGGGUCCGCAUGCAGGCGGAGAGACAGGCUGUGAACUUUGUGGUCCAAGGUUCUGCGGCUGACCUUUGUAAAAUGGCCAUGAUCCGGAUCUCCUCUCAAGUCUGCUCCUCUAGCUCGCUCUCUGCCAGGCUGAUAGCCCAGCUCCACGAUGAGCUGCUGUACGAGGUGGAGGACUCCCAGGUGGAGCAGUUUGCAGGCCUUGUGAAAGGUACCAUGGAGGCCCUGCAGCACAUUGACUCUUUAAGAGUUCAUCUCAAGGUUCCUCUAAAGGUGGCGCUCUCCAGUGGCAAGUCAUGGGGAUCCAUGUCGGAGCUCAGCCUCUGUGCUGCACCUCCUCCCACGCCCCCAGCGUCCACCCCUCCUCCGUAGUGUCCGUCUGUCCUCUCGCUCCUCUUUCUUUCUUUCUGUCUUUCUUUCUGUUCCCUUCGUUCUCCAUCCCCUAUUUCUUCGUUUGGCUGUCCUCUCUCUCUCUCUCUCUCUCUCUCUCUCUCUCUCUCUCUCUCUCUCUCUCUCUCUCUCUCUCUCUCUCUCUCUCUCUCUCUCUCUCUUCUCUAUCUUGCCACUCACCCUGCAUCACCAUCGCUAUGGAAACCAGGCAGCUGCAGCUCCUCGGAGCUCCCAAUUCACGCUUUCACUCCAUCCGUAUCCGGGGGCAACCGGAGGAGCCACAAACUGGUUCAAGCCAGUUCCUUUUUUUUUUUUUGCUCUGUAGAAGAAUUGUAUCCUCCUCCCCUCUUCCUCCUCCUCCUCUCUUCAUCCUCCUCCUCAGUUUUACUAAAGGCCAAAGAUCUCCCUUUAGAGAUCUUUGGCCUUUCAUAGUUUGUUCAAUAAACACAUUUAAAUAUAUUCAUACACUUAGAUUUAUAAAUACAAAAUAAUAUAUUUAUAUAGAUAAAUAUACAUAUAUAUAUUGAUAUAACAAGUUCACACAUCACAGUUAUGUAUUAAGCAAUAUGACUAUUUAUUCCUUGUCUUUUGGUUUUCAAUAAAGAACCUGAACUGA